AUGGAAAUUUACAUCAACCCCGAGGAAGAGAUUCAAUGUCCUUACGACAAGUCCCAUAUGAUAAGAAGAAAAUGGAUGAACUGCCAUUUGACGAAAUGCAAAAGGAACCAUCCCGAAACGACUCUGGUCGAAUGCGAUUUCAAUUUCAAUCACAGGAUCCCGGAAUCCGAACUCCAGUACCACCAUCAGAUAUGCCCUGACAGAAGGAAACUGGAAAUAGCCGUCGUCAAAGACGACCAAGUCGACUUGAACAAGUUCCCCAUCAUCAACCACAACGUACCGACGGAGGAAUGCUGGGAUAACGAAAACGUAGCCUCGUACGAUCCCGAGAAGUAUUGCAGAGACAACGAGAUCAUUCGACGCAAAGACGUGGCCUCGGCCGCGCAGAGGAGACAGUUCAGAUUGGAGGAGCGAAAGAGAAUCGACGAUGUAAGGAGGAGAAAGGAGAUGGAAGAGGCUAGGAGAAAUGAGAUCGCUGCCACGAGACAAGCGGCAUUCGGCGCUCAAAAUAGAAUUAAUUUACCGGAUUUGGAGGCGACGGGUUGUAUAAAAGAGGAAACGCCCCAAAGGGUUGCGGGGAUUUUGGAUUGGAUUCAAAUGGGGGCCAAGCGACCUGUUAUACCGAAAAAAUAA